AUGCGCUCUGCACCUUUGGCCAGCGCCCUGGCUCUAGGGGCUCUUGUGCCAUCUUCAGGCGCUGUUCCCACUGCGAUCGUCUCUCGAGAUUCUUCCAAUCCAUUCGUCGGCCGCAAGCUCUCUAUCAAUCACUCCUAUGCAGCCAGCCUCGAAGCUACAUUUGAUUCCUUUAUUGAAGAAGGCGACGAGCUCAAUGCCCGCAAGACCCGAACUGUUCAGGGACUAGGGACAUUCCAAUGGGCGCCUGCCAUUAGUCUCCUUGCAAGUCUGGACGCUGCGAUCUCAGCUGCCCGUGCAGAGCAGAACCAAGGCGGCGUCCCGCAGGUGGUGGGACUUGUUCUGUACAACCUCCCGGACCGUGAUUGCAGCGCUGGCGAAAGCGCUGGCGAACUGUCGGGAGAAGACGGCCUACGCCGCUACAAGAAUGAAUAUGUGGAUGGCUGGGCAGAGAGACUGAGCCGAGCCUCUGACUUGACAUUCGCCGUCGUUGUGGAGCCUGAUGCUGUUGGGAACAUGGUAACGAACCAAGGCGUGCCGCUCUGCGCCGAGGCCAAACCCAUCUACGAAGAAGGCAUUGCGUACGCCAUUUCCAAGUUGCAGCUUCCCAACGUCAAUCUCUAUCUUGAUGCGUCUCAUGGAGGUUGGCUUGGCUGGCCUGAUAACCUUGUCCUGGAAGCUGCGCAGCAGUUCAAGGACAUUGUCGAUCGUGCAGGAAACAACGCCACUAUUCGUGGAUUUUCCACCAACGUCUCGAACUACAACCCAUUCAAGGCCACUGUUCGUGAAGACUACACUGAGUGGAGCCCGUCAUGGGAUGAGGAUCAUUACACAUCUUCCCUUGCGCCUUAUCUGGAGGAGUUGGAUCUGCCUACACGGUUCAUCGUGGAUCAAAGCCGUGUACAUCUCCCAGGCGCCCGGGAGGAAUGGGGUGAGUGGUGCAACGUGGCGCCUGCCGGACUUGGCGCACCGCAAAAGACAGACCUGGAGAAUCCAUACAUUGACAGCCUCGUAUGGGUCAAGCCCCCAGGCGAGAGUGAUGGCCGAUGUGGGCUCGAGGGAGCCCCCGCUGCUGGCCAGUGGUUCAAUGAGUACGUACAGAUGCUGGUGGAGAAUGCGCAUGAGGACGUGCAGCCUGCCGACUCUCUUGAAAGGGUUACGAAGUCCUGGUGGCCUCAGAUUUAG